UCCCGCAGGUUGCCUGACAGGAGGCCGAGAGAUGGUGCCCAGCGGCAGUGGGCAAAGGCCAGAUGGGCCUCGCUUGAUCUACGUGACCCGCUUCGCCUCGCACCGCCAUGGCGUGUGGCAGUUGAGGGGUCUCCGAGGUUUUGGCCAUCGAGGCCCAGGGCUCGGGGCCCGCUGUGCCCCAAAACAAGCAGCGGUGGAGCCCGGGGCCCCGGGAGGAGAGCGGCCCACUGGCUCCCAGGCCGGGGUCACUGACACCCCGGAUUCCGCCCCUUUCCAGCGGAGGUCGAGAGCGUCCAGGGGCCGGGAGCAAGCAGCGCAAGCAGGUUUAAACCAGAAAAAUGCAGCUAAAGAGUUUGAUUUUCCCAUUCCACUGAAUGAAGCCUCCAAGCUAAUGAAGGAGAGGAAAAAGGUGUCCUCUGUGUGGAGCAAAGUACAGCAAGUCAUUUCCAGAAUGAUUGCAGAGAACGAGAGUUACAGACGCAGACUGCAGGGCCAACGUGUAUCUAGUGAAAUUCGAGUUACUGCAAGAUAAAUGUGAAUCUUCCUGCCUUCUCUGGUGAGAGUCCACUGAGAUCCCUGAAGAGACCUUCCCCUCCCUGUGUGUCCUGCUGUGUCUAACCUUCACUGUGCCCUCAUUGUCACCUCUACCUUCUUCCUUCCUUAACCCAGUGCUUGGCA